AUGCCUCUUGAAAAUUGGUGCCGCGCAUUGUUCCCUGGAUGCCGUUAUGGAAUUAUGGCUAAUAUUAUAUCUGAAUCUUUUAAUGCUUGGUUUGCUGUUGAGCGUGAGAUGCCAAUUUACACUAUGCUUGAUCAGACUCGGAUUAAGGUGAUGCAAAUGAUGAGUGAAAGGAGAGACGAGGCUCAGGUUUGGAUAUCACAACUUACUCCUGUUAUGGAGGGUCGUUGGAAAGAAUGUAUGGAGAAAGCUUGCCGUUUCAAUGUCCAUUACUCCCACACAAAUAUUUAUGAGGUUAGAUCAAUGUAUUCUUAUGUUGUGGACCUUGGAACUCCUUCAUGCUCGUGUAAAAAAUGGCAGAUUAACUGCUUGCCUUGCUGCCAUGGUCUCGUUGCAAUUCAAGCUGCCUCAAUGGAUGUUUAUGAUUUUAUUGAUAAGCAUUUUCAUGUUGAUUAUUACAAGAAGUGCUAUGAUUUUCCAAUUUAUCCAAUAUCUAAUGUUGAUGUGGCUUCUUCGGAAUCUUCAAGCAAUGACUUCAUACUUCCUCCGAACACAAAGAGGCCACCCGGGAGGCCUAGGCUCAAGAGGUUCAAGUUUAGAGGAGAAUGUGAAAAGAAGCUCAUUCGUUGUGGUCGAUGUGGCAAAAUGGGCCAGCAUAACAAGAAGACCUGCACUGAACCUAUUUGA